UUACAAACCCGAUCCAUCCGAAUUGAACGACAGUGUCGAUCACGGCAAGUUCUCAAGCAACCCACUUGGGCUGUACCGCCAUCUGCCGGCCACCCCGAAGCCCAACGGGUUAUUUGUGGGUCCCACGGCAUUCCCUGCGCGAUCCCACCUCACGUCCCCCACAGCGCUGGGGCUUUCACAGAGCGCGAUUCGCGUGGCGUCAUCACAGUCCGGGGUGACCCCUUCAAAGAGUUCACAACAUCCAGUGUACAUACAGCAACAACAAAGACCUACACAGUAAAAGGCGCGCCCCCUACAGAGUGCUCGUACCUCGACUUGUGUGUGCGUCCCACCCCCACCACCCCCGAUACGGCACGAUAAGCAUCAGCCGCGGGGUCAAGCAGAAAGUGUACACGCGCUCUCGAGGUUACAGUGCGGAAACGCAGCGACGCCGAGGCUGAGCUGAGCAAAUCUCCCGUCUACAUUUGCACGAUCAACAACAGAGCCAUCAGCGCUGCAGAGGCAACCCACGAGUUGCUGCUGCUGCUGAUGAUGAUGAUGCUGCUGCUUGCCCCACGCGCUCUCGUGCGUUGGGCAGCCCUGCCCCAGCGCUUGCCCUUAACCGUGCCUCGCGCGGGGCUGCGCUCGCCGCAAGCCGCCCUCUGCUCCCGCGGUGCCGUCUCGAGGUCAGCCAGCGGCUCCUCCGUGGCAGACGCCACCGCGAGGAGGGGUGCUGAUGACGGCAAGCUGGCGGGCAAGUUGGACUCGCAGACCGGGCAGCAGCCUCGGUCCGUGAAGGAGCUGCCCGGUGUGGGGAUGCUGUCCUCUCUCUACUGGCUCGUCAUCCGCGGCUAUUUGAGCGAGUUCCACGAGCUGCAGAUUAUACAUCACAAGCGCUUCGGUAACAUGUGGACUACAUACAUGGGCCCGGAGCUGUUCGUCUGCCUUGCCGACCCAGACCUUAUCGAACAGCUGAUGAGACAGGAGGGACCUUACCCUGUGCGCUCAAGCAUACCCGCCUGGGAUGAUUAUCAUAUGAUGCGGGGUCAUUCCAAGGGCCUGCUAACCCAGACGGGCGCCGACUGGAAACGCAUGCGUGAAGUUCUCAACCAGCGCAUGCUCAAGCCCAAGGAGGUGAUGCAGUUUGCGGACCCCCUCAACGCCGUCGUCACAGAGCUGAUGGGGCACGUGCGGGCGAGGCGCGGGCAUGGCGCCGCUGCCGCAGUUUUCCCGCUGCCGGACGUCGCUCAGCUGCUCUACAGAUUCGCCUUUGAAGGCGUUACAACCGUUCUGUUUGAGACUCGAAUGGGCUCGCUCGAGGAGACCGUCCCCAAGGAGACCCAGGACUUCAUUCGCGCCAUCGAGAGCCUGCUGUCCACCACAAUGUACGUGCUGGCCCUACCUCGGUGGACGCGGCCACUCCUGCCCUUCUGGGGCCGCUUCGUCCAGGCGUGGGACGUCAUCAUCAACACCGCGACGCGACUGAUAAACGUCAAGCUGGCGGAGGUGAAGGAUUGCAUCUCCCGGGGGCAGGAGGUGCGCGGCGAGUACCUGACCUACUUGCUGGCGAGUGGUCGCCUCUCGCUGCCCGAAAUCUACAGCAACACCACCGAGAUCCUACUGGCUGGCGUGGACACCACGUCGAACACGCUCUCGUGGAGCCUCUACCACCUGGCUCGGAUGCCCGCCUUGCAGGAGGCCCUGUGCCGUGAGGUCAAUGCAGUCGUGCCUGGUGACGCUGUACCGGGCAUUGACGAGGUGGCCCGGAUGCCACUCCUCAAGGCCGUCAUCAAGGAGACGCUGCGGUUAUACCCGGUGGUCUUCCAGAAUGGGAGAUACAUCAUGGAUGAUGGCCUGGUAGUCGGCGGGUACUCCUUGCCGAAAGGGACCCACCUGUCGCUGUGUCACUACGUGCUCUCCAUGGACGGAGAAAUCUUCCCGAAUCCGCGGGAGUUCCGGCCCCAGCGCUGGCUGCGGGGCAAAGACCGGGCCGCAUGGCGGCACGGCAGUGGCGGGGAAGAGGAGGAAGAGGCUGCUGCUGCUGCCACCUCGGAGAGAACGCAUCCCUUCGCCUACAUCCCAUUUGGCUUUGGGCUGCGUGGGUGCGUGGGACGCCGUAUCGCCGAGCUCGAGAUGCACCUCUGCCUGGCCAGGUUUGUGAAGACGUUCGAGAUGAUGCCCGAGCCCGGCGCGAAACAAGUUCUGCCAAAAACACGGGGCCUCCUCGUUCCCUCUGCCCCCAUCAACCUCUUGCUGCGUGAGAGACUCUGAGGAGAAGAAACUAAAGAAGAAGAACGACACGCAGAGAAGGCCAUAAUAUAUAUUUUUUGGGGUUAGAUCGCGAAAAUAUAUAAAUGUGUCAUUAAACUCGCCACCACCCAACACAGCCAACUAGUAAGGUUUGUCACGUAAACAGAACAUGCCAAUUUGUUACUAGUACAGCACACCGUUGUGUUGGAGAGCAAUUCCACAACAUGUACAAUCUAAGUACGACGUUUCGCCAGUUAUUACAACUAGCUUCAUCAGGCGACAGCCAGAUUUGGGAGUGACGAGACAACUGCAGACGAUGCAGGGCUCAAUGACUCGUGGGCGGAGUUGGCAGGGGGGCACACAGGGAGGAGGCAAUGCCCCCUCCGAAACUGGGCACCUUUAUUAAUAUAUUUUCAGAAGUUUACACUUAAGAUCAAAAACAUAUGAAUCUGCGAUUCCGAAUUUGAGGGACAAAGCGACCCCCCCCCCCCAAUAUAGAAGUCAAACUCCGCCUAUGCUUAGUGUGCACUCAUUAAAUCCAUAUCGGACACGCGUGUUCGACACGCGUGUGCACUCCGUGUAUCCCAGGGCUUAAUUUAUCACCUCUAUAUUUUCCGAAUCGCUGCUAAGAUGGCAUGGAGUAGUCAUAAUCGGCGCAAUGCACCGCCACUACUACUUACUACUUCUCGAGUACAAUGUACGCUUAUCCAUAAUAAUCCUAAAUGGCUGUACCAUGUUAUUCCGGGGCUAUUCCUAAGGCACCGCUCGCACACGUUCGUCGUGCUCGUCACAGCCGCAGCCAAAGUCAUCACGAGGGCAAAACGAGGCGGGCGAGAUGGAUGUGGCGUGGCGCUGUCAUUCCCGAACUGUUCCGGCUGAUGUGAAGAAUGACUGCGCUCGCGAGUGUGCGAGCUCACUGGUUGUGAGUGAUGUCACAUCCCUGUCAACCCAUCCCGUAUUCCUGUACAGGGAAAUUGAGUUAGGUCCAUACAGCGCACAGCCGUUUCAACACGGGCAAUGCAUGUGGUUUGUCUGUGUUUCUCCCUCGCGAUGGGACUUUGUAGGAUGAACGUUGAGAUUUUUAAUGGCACGGGUUGACCAAUAAGGUCUUGAAUAAGGUAGGCACUGGUAAGGGGUUGACAGGUAUUUGAUGUUCUACAAGGGCGAGAACACUUAAAUGUGGCACACCAUCCAUUUCCGGCCUCACGAAUUCUGUGUCUACGCUGGUUAGCAUUUGGAGAUGCUCAUGAACAGCAACAGUCCGUCAAGGCUUAUGCACGAUGGAUGGAUCUGUGUCUGUUCUGCCUCACGGCAGGUGUUUUGCUCCGUGGGAGUGGGGGCGUGUGUACACAGGAAUAUCCUGAUGUUGAGUUUGGUCACGUGACCAGGAAGUUCCAAUUUGACAGCCUUUCAGCCACGAGGCUGGGGGUCCGCCAUUACACAGAGUUCAAGAUGGCGGCACACAUCGCGUCCCAGUGAAGCCAGCUGUAAUUGUACAUUGCAGGACUUUAAGAAUUAUUGUCUGUAAGUUCGUUUAUGUUCUUGUAAUACUGGGAAUGCUGUUAUAAUGUUAGAACGACCGUUAUAAUGCUGUAAAUGCCUUUAUAAUGCUGUUAAAUUGUUACGAUAAAUACGAGGCCUAGUUAACAAAGAAGCCUGCAACUUUCCUUAUUAUGAAUGUCACUUGUAAUUGAAUAAGUCGAGUCAAACUUGUACCCAAGUAACUAUAUUGUGAUCUUGAGAGCAAGUGUAAUAA